AUGUCUAACCCAGAACAAAGAGCGUACGAAGAGGAAAUAGCCGCUGCGAUGGCGGCCGCAGAAGCUGAAGCAGCUGCCCUGGCACAAGCUGAAGCAGAGGCAGAAGCUCAAGCAGCAGCUCAAGCGGAAGCCGAAGCACAGGCGGCGGCAGCAGCAGCAGCACGUGAACAGGCUCGUCAAGAUUCAGCAGAAGUCACCAGAGGCCUAAUGGACCCAGUCACUAUUCGCCAGCUGUCAUCCUCGGGACAUUUUGCACAGCGGGCCCGCGAAGGGAGGAAUCGUUAG